CAUUUAUCAGUUGGGAUUGGCUUAUAUUCUUAUAAAUUUGAGUCAGUUCUCUCUAUAUCUAAGAAAUGAGACCUUUGUCAGAGCCUCUUGCUAUCAAGAUUUCUUUGAGUCUCCCAAUUCCUCAUGCUUUUCAUUUCUUACUGCAUGAAAACGCAUCACAUUAAAAUACUACAGUUUUUUCAACCCUUCUCCAAUCCGUGGCAUCCAUUUUGUUUUUAGUAUUUUGCUACUGCAGAAAAGGCUGCUAGAAAUAUAUCAAGGAUUUUUUUUUUCUCUGUCUUUGAUCUCUUUGGGAUAAAUACUCUUUAGUGGUAUCACUUGGUUAAAGGGUAGAAGUAUUUUAGUGACUCAUACUCACAUAUUUCUAGAAUAGCUGGACCAGUUAGCAGCUCCACCAACAAUAUAUUAAUACACCUGUCUUCUCUUCCCUUCUUGGCAUUGCUGAUUUGUCUUUGACAUUUUCCUUGGAUCGAGGUGAAUCCUUAGAGUGGUUUCCCAUAGGGCUGAUUUGGAGCAUUUGGAUAUUGUUGUUAAUCAUCUUCAUUUCUUCUCCAAUUGUUCCUAUCAAAUUGUUUGACCAAUAAUCUGUAUGGGAGAUUACCAUUUUUGAGGAAGGAGCAAAACAAGUAGGGAAGUGGAAUAGUUGCUAAAUAAUACAGAGAGAAUGAAAAGAUGGUAAGAUUUAGAACCAGAGAGGUUAUCUGACCCAACUAAUUUCUGAAUGAAUCCUUGUUUUGAAGUUUUUUUUUGUUGGCCAGAAAUUUCUCUCUCCUCUUCAACGCCUCCCCCCAAAGGGAUUUAAACCCAUCUCAGUCAGAACUGAGGUAGUCAUAACAGUGUGGGCCUUGGUAAUCCCUCAGGGUCCCUUCUGUGCUAGAUUCUGUUGAGAUCUGUGACUUUUCUUGAAUUCAAGGGGCAUGCCCAACGCCCUCUGUUUGCAGGGAGGUCGAAUCUACAGCGUAUUGCAUCACUCUAAUUGUUUGGGGAGUCCAGUUUUUGCUAAGCCUUUUCUGCUUUUUCCUCUCUGUGGCUCCACCAAAAAUGUUAGCUAGAAGCACUACUAACAUCAGCACUGGAGAAGCCCGAGAUGAAUGAAAGACAGUCAGGGUAGGGGUGGGAGGGAAGAGUUGUCUCGCCCUCCAAAGUUCGGAGGCGGGGCUGGUUCCUCGGGCUGGGAAUCUCUUCUGGGUUAGAGCAAUAAUUGCAGUUUGAGUCAUGGAGUCGAAGCCCGGCCAGAUGCGGGACUUGGCCCAGGAACCGCGCUCAUCAGACCCGAGUGCUGGCUGAAUGGGUCGGAUUUCCGCAGUUGUGAAAGAGGGCGCUUAGGGAUAGGAGAGGGUGGAGAUAAAGCCCUGGUCUCCCCACCCACCCUUCUUUCCCUUAGUCAGCCCAGUACCAGUAAGCAGCAGUGAGGGAAUAGGGGUUCCCAGGCGCUUCGGGGCCAUGGCUUGGGCGCCGGUGGACGGCAGGAGCAGCCCCUGGGAGCCCGCAGCCUUCCCCGCGAGUCUGCCUCUGUUUGACCUACCCCCUUCCCUUCUGGGAGCCUUCUGUUCUAUUCUGGACAGCUGCGACGGAGUGCUGGGCUGGCGCGGACUAGCUGAACGCAUUUCCAGUAGUUGGCUAGAAGUUCGACACAUUGAAAAAUACAUGGAGCAAGGUAAAAGUGGAACCAGGGAAUUACUGUGGUCUUGGGCGCAGAAAAACAAGACUAUCGGUGACCUUUUGCAGAUUCUACAGGAAAUGGGCCAUGAGCGAGCAAUUAAUUUAAUUGUGAAUCAUGGAAGGACCAUAAGUGCCUCAACUAAACAGAGUCAGCAGUCAGCUGGAUUUCCAAAUAUCCCUCCUCAGGUACCAACUGACAGUACUAUUGAUAAACAAGGAGAGAUGCCUGAAUAUCGGAAAGAAAUAAGGCUGAAACCUUCCUUCAACUUUAAAAGCAUCAUAGAAGGAACCAAAAACUUCCAUAAAGACUUGCUAAUUGGAGAAGGGGAAUUCUUCAAAGUAUUCAGAGUGGAACUUCAAAAUGGAACAUAUGCUGUUAAGUUAUUUAAACAGGAGACAACUAUACAGAAUAAGAAAAAUUGGAAGAUGUUUUUCUCAGAACUUGAAGUCUUGAAUUUGGUUAAUCAUCCAAACAUCUUGGAACUGGUUGCAUAUUUUAUGGAGCCUGACAGGUUCUGCCUUGUUUAUCCAUACAUGAGAAAUGGAUCACUCUUUGACAGGUUGCAAUGUGUAGAUAAUACUUUUCCACUUUCUUGGCAACUUCGACUCAGUAUAUUGAUCGGGGCAGCCAAAGCCAUUCAAUAUUUGCACCAUGUUGAACCAUGCUCUGUCAUCUGUGGCAACAUAACAAGUUCAAACAUACUUUUGGACAGUCAGUUUCAACCCAAACUAACAAAUUUUGUCACGGCCCACCUCCGACCUCAUCUGGAAAAACAGAGUUCCACGAUAAAUAUGGAAAGCAGUAGGAAUAAGUACCUGUUGUACAUGCCAGAAGAGUAUAUCAGGCAGAGGAGACUAUCCAUUAAAACUGAUGUCUACAGCUUUGGAAUUGUGAUAAUGGAAGUUCUGACAGGUUAUCAAGUGGUUCUAGAAGGUCCAAAAUAUGUUCGACUGAGGGACCUCCUUGUGGAACUGAUGGAGAAGAGAGGUCUUGAGUCAUGUCUCUCCUUAUUAGAUAAAAAAAUAAGUCCGUGUCCUCAGAAUUUCUCCUGGAAAUUAUUUACUUUAGCCAACCAAUGUGCAUCAUCCCGGGCAAAGUUGAGGCCAACAAUGGAUGAAGUCCUGGUUGCUCUUGAAAGUUCUUGCCCUAACUUACAUUUUACAGAAGACCCUCCCAAAUCACUGAAGUCCUUCAGGUCUCCUUCUCCCCUUUUCCUCAAUCAUUUACCCAGUGUUCCCAUGGAAAAUGAUGAAAAUCAGGAUUUUUGCUCACUUCCUAAUGAAAACUUGGACAAAGAUGGAUUUGCCCAGAAAACUCCAUUAGAGUGUAGCCAGUCUGAAGUCACCUUUCUGGGCUUGGACAGAAAGGCUCUGGGUAAAGGAAAGACCCCUGUUUCGGAAGUGCCUGUGUCUUCCUGGGAAGACAACUUCUCAUCGAACCAUCUACAUCCAUCGCAGGACUCAAGUGUUUGUGUUAUGAAUAUGUACCUUUCCUCAGAGUCUGGAAAUCCUGUUCUGAGCAAGCUGGUGGAACCUAGCUCUUCCUCAGAAUCAUAUAGGAAUAAAAAUGAAGAGAUGGAAAAGAUGACUUCUGAAAAUAUUUUACAAUCAGAUUUUUAAAAUGAGGCAAGUAUUACAGAAUGACUUCUAUGUAUACCAUUGUUUUGGAAGGGACGAGUGUUGUCAACAGAGCUUGACCUUAUGGUCAAGAGAAAAAUGGAAUCUGGUGAAUUUGGACUACCUAUACCAAGAAUCUGGAUUUUUCAAGCUACUCUUUCAGUGGGGUUUAUGGGUUUUGUUUUGUUGCUUAAACCUUAGUUACAUGGGAAAUUGCCUUAACUUCUUUUAUUUAGAUAUUUUAUUAGAUAUUAAAUUAGAUAAUAAAAUAUUAGAUAUUUUAUCUGUGUAUUUAAAAUGAAUCAGGUUAAAAGAAGAGAUAGAUAUAAUUAGGGCUGUAUAAAGUCAUUCAGAUUGGGGAACUCUGUCUUAAACAAAGAUCAUAAGCAAACCAACUGCCAGGAACUGAUUCUUUUCUCUUCCUCUUGGAAUUGUCAAGCCCAAGUUCUCCCAAACUCUCAUUGUCUUUCUGUUUCAUCAUUUCUUAUAUAUUUGUUAAAAUGUUGAUGAAUCCCAAGUACAAGUAACUUCACACUUAAAUGGUUAGAUUAAAGUUGUAUGCGAUUGAGUCCAGCCCAUUCAUUUUACAGAUAAGAAAACUGAGAGAAAUUGUGACAUGUCUAGGGUCACACAGUCUUUAAAUUAUCUUAAGUAGGAUUUGAACCAAUGAUGUCUUCCUCACUUUCACAUUCAACAACUGUCCAUUAUGUCAUGCUUCUUCUAACUAAAAUCCUUUAAAAGGAGAAUACAUCUUAAUGGGACUCAUUGUCCCUUAAUAAUUUUCUAUGUUUGGACAAAACCAAUAACAAAUUUUCACUUAGAUAGCCCAUUUGCAUGGAUAGAUUUUUAUUAAUUUAAAUUUAUGAAAUUUUAGAAACCUGUUUUUUUGUUCAGUAGAAUUUCUUCAGUACAUAUUCUGAACAAACAUAUUCAAGUUCAUUUCCCUCUUGAGUAAAUGACUAAUCACUGGGUCUUAAGUAAAUUUUUUUUUCCCUCCUUAAGUCCCUUCUUAAUUAUAGUUUGAAUAAUGGGGGCUUUGCUAAGGACUGGUUCAUGGGUUCUAAGAUUUAGAGCUGAAAGGAAUCUUCCAGAUGUCUUAGUUUAACUCUCUCAUUUUACAGAUGAGAAAGCUGAGGUCCCAAAGUUAAGUGACUUGUCUAUAGUCAUACAGUAAGUAAUCAGCAGAUCUGAAACUUGAAUUUAGGUCUUUAAAUUGCCAAGUUCAGCUCAGAAAUUCCCAAGAUGGAACUUUCCAUUGGUGGUGGGGUUUUGCAGACAUCGUUUCCAGAAUCCCCAAAUUUGACUCCCUGUGGUGUAUGUUUAUGAUUCUUUGUGGUGGUCAUAUGAACUCUUUCUCCCUUGUCUUGAUUAAAGACUUCUUUGUAACUGCAAAAAAAAGAAAAAAAGCCAAAUUCAGUGCCCUUAUUACUAGGCGCCAUGCUGCCCCUCUGCCUCCCAUCCCACCCAUCUCUGUCUGUCUCAUCUUCAUCAGACCAUCAGUCUGGUCACAUUUCUCUAGGUUAUCUCAUUGAUCACUUGGCACUUCUAUGCAGAGAAGGAUAGACAAGGAGAAUAAAAUUAAUCAGUUGUGUAGCUAGUGCAUAUUGCUGCUUGUGGGCUCUUUUGACUUCUCCCUCCUUCUACCCUACAACCCUCAGGAAAAGGUUUUGCCUAGCAAAAGAGUUCGAAAUACAGUUAUUCCUUCUACACUGAGACUUGACUUAUCACAGCUACGAUAAAUCUCCGAUCAGCACGAGAAAUUAAAUGGGAAGUUUUGAGAGUUCUGUGAAAGCUUCAGAUAACACACAAAGGCCAGCAGAUGACACAGAAUAAGUUUAGAAACUCAGAAAUACAUAAAAUACUUGUAGAGUGUUGUAUAAUGUCAACAUAUUUUUCUUUUAAUACCAUUAAGUGCACACAAUUUCUCUUUUAAAGUUAAAAUAAGUAAAAAAGUCAGUUUGUAAAAAGAACUGGGAAGCCAGUAGAUGACACACAAAGACUAGAAACGUAGAGAUAUCUUUAAGAGUUUAGUAACUAAUAAAUGUAUAAAAUAUGUGUCCAUACAGUGUCUUUUACUGCUUAAUAAUAAAUGAACAGCUAUAUACUUUUUUUUUCCUAAAAUUAAAUUUGUAUUAUUUUAUUGUACUAUAUAUAGUAGAACUAUAGUUCUGCACAUGUAAAAGGGCACUGCAAACAUCCCAUAAAAGAAAGAAGAAGAAGAAGAAGAAGAAGAAGAAGAAGAAGAAGAAGAAGAAGAAGAAGAAGAAGAAGAAAGAAGAAAGAAGAGAGAAAAGAAAUCUUUUAUACAGCUUAUCUCCAGAAAUGAAAGGAAAAUAAUCUCUUUUCUCUCAAGUUCUAAAUCUUACUAGUUUCCUUCUAGGCACUUUCAUGGUAAAAUUCUUUUCACAAUGUUUCUUCAUAAAAAAUAAGUUGACAGUCUUUUUUUUUUUAAGUCUUAGAAUAAGUAUUAAGUAUUGGUUUCAAGGCAAAGGAGUGGUAAGGGUUAGGCAAUUGGGGUUAAAUAAUUGAUCCCGCAACUAGAAAGUGCCAAAUGCCAGAUUUGAACCCAGGAACUCCCAUCUCUAGACCUGGCUUUCUAUUCACUGAGCCAUCAAGCAGCCCCUAAAGACAGUUUUGAUAACAAAAUUUUUUUCUUCUUGUAAACUUUAAAUUACUCCACUCUACUUAAACCUUACUUUAGGGGAAGAUAAAGUUGUAAUCUCCUGAUUGAACAAUGAAGGUACUUAGUUCUCACCUUAUAGUGAAACUAGAAUGUUAAGCUAAGUCUAUUUUUAGAUCUUAAUACAAAAAGGUGUUAAGUAACUGUUGGUUGUCUCUCGAACCGAGGAUGACGAUUGUCUUUGUGCGUUUUUGUGCACAAAGACACUUGUGCAUGAAGAUUUAAGUGGAAAAGUCGAUGCACAGAGACAGUCCCACUCUCUCGGCGUUGGAAGCCUGGGUCCAUUGGAACAAAAAGUUGUUACACCUGGAGACUUCCUCAGCUGCAAUGGAUGGCCGUGUUGUCUUUUGUGCACCAUCAUGCCCUAAGCACUCCACAGUGCCUUGCUGCAUCGCCAUCUCAGCCGUUGAACCUUCUUGUUGGUUUCUUCCGCCUGUUCUGCCGAAGCAGUCUUCACAUGCUGGGUGAGCAAAGCCCUGGUUCACCAGGGGUCGACGUCGACCCGAUGGCUACCCUCACAAGGUUUGGCCGGCCUGUCGGAGCCAUUGCCCAGGGUGUGGCCACUGCCACAUGCUAGCAGCUACUAGGAACCACAAGUGAGAGCUGGGUGUCAGGUGAGGGUCAGUGGCUGGAGAGCUGCCCUAGAAGGGCACGACAAGCCCUCCAUACCAGAGAUAUUACCACUCCCUGAGCACUCCAUACACCCCGUUAAGUAACUAUAAAGGUUAAAUCAAUCACAAAAAGGUCAAGUAUUUUAAUACAAAAAGAUGUUAAUGGGUAGCUCAGUGGAUUGAGAGCUAGGCCUAGAGACUGGAGGUCCUAGGUUCAAAUCUAGCCUCAGACACUUCCCAACUGUGUGACCCUGGGCAAGUCACUUGACACCCAUUGCCUAGCCCUUACCACUCUUCUGCCUUGGAGUCAAUACAUAGUAUUGACUCCAAGACAUAAGGUAAGGGUUUAUUUAAAAAAAAAAAAGAUGUUAAGUAACUAUAGAGGUUAAAUUAAUCACAAAAAGGUCAAGUAACUAACAAAAGGUGAACUUAACAAAGAAGUGUUAAGGAACUCAAAAGAAAUAAUCUAAUCAAAGAAGGUGAGAACUAAAAGUAUGGGCAAUCCUAGAGAAAGCAUUUGAUGUGAUUGGUAGAUGUGAAAGUUUAGAGGAGGAGACACAAGGGUGAAAGGUCUAUAUAUUUGGGAUUUUUCAUCUCUCAGAAAAUACUCUCUUUCCCUUAUUGGCGGUAGAGAGUUAGCUGAGAGGAGCAUGCUGAGCCUUUUGGCAUCUUAACAUUGUUACAAGCUAUUGACCGAUUCAGUGGUGAGUUUCUGGCUGAGUUUUCCUUCUUUCUUUCCAACUUUAUCUUCUUAGAAGCAUCUAAUCUUCUUCAGAAACCUAGAGGCAGGGAUUUUUAAAAUUCCCCCUGGCACAAGCCAGGCAGGAGAAAUCCUAUAUCCCCUUCCUUCCCUCUCCUUAAUUCCUUCCCUUUAUAUUAAUUAAAUUACCAUAAAAUACCAGACUGACUUGGGUAUUUUAUUUGGAAUUUCCCCUGGUGACCAAAUUUAAGUCACAACUCUAAAAUCCAUCUUUACAUUGUCUUCUGCUCUCCGACUGACAAGGAGAACCACACUACUGAAGAGAGUAAACUAAAGAUUUAGGAGGAACCACCAAUGAAAAGAGUAAAUUGGGAUAGUUGGCCCAGAGUGCAAUGCUAUACUUAAAAACAAAUAGUAAUGAGGAUGUUGGGAAUGAGAAUGUUAUAGUCAUGUCCAUUCAGAAGGCACUGCCCUUUCCCAGGUUUUUGUAAGUUAUCUGUCAUGCCGUCACAAUCUUGAAUAUGAUAAAAAAAACAACCUGCUUAACUACAGUAUAAGAGAGCUGGAUAUGCCUUUGAGAUUACAUAAUCCAAUUCCCUCUUUUACAGAUUAGGAAACUGAGGCACAAAAAUCUUAAGUGAUUUGCGUCCCAUAGCCAGAACCCCAAAGUUCCAUGAUCUUUCUACUUAAAAUAUUUUAAUAUAUUGAGGUUGUGUUAAGACCUUCCUUUGUACCUUAUUUGAUAGUGUAUAUUUUAAACUAAUUGGCAGUCAGCUGGUGUAGUCUGCCUCAGUUUCCUUACUUGUAAAAUGAACAGGAGAAGGAAAUGCCAAGCCACUCCAGUAUAUUUGCCAAGAAAACCCCAAAUAGGGUCAUGAAGAUUUAGACACUACUCACAUGACUGAACAACAAAAAAUAAAAUGUCUAUAUAACUUUGUUAGCUCUCCUUGUGAUUUCCCAUAUAAAUAAAAAUUGGUUCCUUCUUUGUUUUUCUUGGAGAGAAAGAAACAUAUAGAUUGAAGGAAGUGAUCUCCUAAGGAAGGAUAUUAUGAUAAUAGCUGACACUUAUGACUUUAAAUUUUACAAAGCACAUUUGAAUUCAUAUCUGAAACAAUUUCACUUUUUUUGGUUCUGGAUCUCUAAUUUUGUAGAAACUCUCUUUACUGAUCCACAUCAGCACCUGCUCUACAACUUGGUCUUAGAGCAUUGCUUGGGGCACAAAGCAGUUAAAUGAUUUGGCCAGGGUACCACUUGUAUUAGAAGCAGAGCUUGAGCUUAGGUCUUUCCGAAUCUAAGGUCAGCUUUCUAAACCCCUCUCCUUCUUUAGGACAGAACUCCAAGUGGUAUUAUCUUCACUUUGCAUUGUGCUACAUUACUUCUUUCUAUAUUAUACACAUAGUUAUGUCCAUUAGUUUGGAAUGUGGUCGUAAUGAAACCCUUCUGAACCUCAGUUUUCUCAUCUGUAAAAUUAACUAGAUGGUGUCCAAAAUCCUUUCUAGCUCUAAGUCUUCGAUCCUAUUAUUUUGAUGGGCAGCUACAUGGCACAGUAGAUAAAAUGGUCAGGCCUGGAGUCAGGAAGAUCAUUUUCUUGAGUUCAAAUGUGGUUUAGACACUAACUAGGUGUCACUGAGCAAGUCACUUAACCUUGUUUGCCUCAGUUUUUUCCUCUUUAAAAUAAGCUAGAGAAGGAAAUGGCAAACCAUUUGAGUAUCUUUGCCAAGAAAGAAGGAGUCAUGAAGAGUUGUACAAAACUGAAAAAUGACUUAACAACAAAAUCUAGCCCUAUUAAGGGCAGGAGACUCAUUAUUAAGGUUGGGGGUUCAUUUUUUUUCAUUUCCAGUUUGCUAUCUCAAAAUAUUUGUCAUGAAUCAGAAGGAAGACCAGUGAAGGAAUGCUGAUAGAUUCAUCAUGAAUCUGUCACUGCUCCAAGACAUAGAACUCAUUGGGUAUAUCCUACUAAUAAUGGUGCCUCGUUAGUAUCAUCUUUCUACAGAAGGAACAAUAUCAUUUAUAUUAAAAUGGGGUGUUUAAAUUUUAAUCAGGACUCUAGAGAAAUGCUUUACAAGAAUUCCACUAGGAGUCGCUUUUCCUAUGUCCUAGUGUGAGAUGGUUCAAACUCAUUUAGUAAAUUGAUUCUCCAUGAAAUAUUCAGCAUUGUGUUUAAUUUUUAAAAGUCAUUUUUCUGUUUAUUUAAUGCAAACUGAAAUUCCUCCCUGUCUUACAAGCCUGGAAGCCCUGUACUGUUGCCAGAUCUUUCUGGCUUUAUGAAUAAUGGCAAUAUUCAUGUUUGCAUAAAAGGAGAAAAAAAAUGAAAUUGAACAUGGCAUUUAAUUCUGCACAUUAAGAAUUUAGCUCACUGAACUCACAUGAAAGGUUGCUCUAUAUUUAGAUGGCUUAGAGUCUUAGAUAAGGUUAAUAUUUAAUUAGCACAUUUCAAAUAUAUUUAGAGACUCUCAAGAGUAUGUGAUUCUAAAUCUUCACUUCCUACUUCUCAUUAGCAACUAGUACACAUUCUAUCCACAUUAUUUUAAUUAUAGCUAACUUUUAUAUGGUGCUUUACUCAUAUUAUUUUAUCUUAUAGUCAUUGAUUUAUUUAAGGAGGUCAUGGGAGCAUAAUUGAGAGUUGGAAGGGUCCUCAAAGGACAUAGUUAACAUUUAUAUAAAGUAUUAUAUGUAUACAUCAUUUUAUGUUAUAUAUGUGUUUAUAUUAUACAUAGUAUAUAAAAUAAUAUUUGAUAGCCAUUGAUUUAUUUAAGGAGGUCAUGGGAGCAUAGAAUGAGAGUUGGAAGGAUCCUCAAAGGACAUAGUUAACAUUUAUAUAAAAUACUAUAUAUGUACAUCAUUUUAUGUUAUAUAUGUGUUUAUAUUAUACAUAGUAUAUAAAAUAUUAUUUCAUAGUCAUUGAUUUAUUUAAGGAGGUCAUGGGAGCAUAGAUUGAGAGUUGGAAGGAUCCUCAAAGGACAUAGUUAACAUUUAUAUAAAAUACUAUAUAUACAUCAUUUUAUGUUAUAUAUGUGUUUAUAUUAUACAUAGUAUAUAAAAUAUUAUUUCAUAGUCAUUGAUUUAUUUAAGGAGGUCAUGGGAGCAUAGAUUGAGAGUUGGAAGGAUCCUCAAAGGACAUAGUUAACAUUUAUACAAAAUACUAUAUAUAUACAUCAUUUUAUGUUAUAUAUGUUUAUAUUAUACAUAGUACAUAAAAUAUUAUUUGAUAGCCAUUGAUUAUUUAAGGAGAUCAUGGGAGCAUAGAUUGAGAGUUGGAAGGAUCCUCAAAGGACAUAGUCAAUAUUUAUAUAGAGCAUUAUAUCGAUAUAUAUGCAUCGUUUUAUAUUAUUAGUAUAAUUGUUAUACAUAUUAUAUGAAAUAUAAUUUGAAAGUCAUUGAUUUACUUAAGAAGGUCAUAGGAACACAGAUGUAGAGUUACAAAGAACUUUAAAGGUCAUCUAAUCCAACCCCUUCAUUUUACAGUGGAGGAAAUGGAGGCCAGGAGAGGUUAAAUGAUUUAUAUAUAUAUAUAUAUAAUACAUCAAAGGAAAGAGAUGAAAAUGGAUCCUUUGAUGCCAGUGCCAGUUUUCUUUCUGCUUCCCUUUUCUACCUCUCAUGUAUGACAAAAUAGAGCUUAGACAUAAAUAAAGGAAACUGAAAGGCAAAUAAACAGUGUGUAUUUUUCAAAAUGAAUAGCCACUGGUACAAUUAUACUCAGCAAAGCUAGUUUUCUCAUUAGGCAUUUUGGUUCCCCUGACUAAAUGCCCUUUUCUUGACUAUCGGCUAAAGUAGCAACAGUACCAUGAUCCCACUGUGUCUACUUAGCUACAGCAGAGUGUUACUAGGACAUUUUUUGGUGAUGUGUAACUAGUUUAUAAGCUCCUAAAGGGCAGAGGGAACUCUACUUUUUAAGUACCUUCAUGAGCAUCUAGUUAUACAAUUGUUAAUGCUCAGUAAAUAAAUUAAAAUGUGAUGAAUGAAUUAUUCAGGUAUAUGUAUGUGAUUAUUACAUCUAAUAAAACUGAUUCUAACAGCUUUGAUCUUGGCUGAGCAGAUUGUACCCCACUCCCUAAAGGGAAAAAUGAGACAAGUAGAUAGAAAUAUCUAUAAUAACUGAUAGAACCAUCAGUACUACCUCCCAAUAAAGCAAGGGUUUUGUUUUUAUUUAACAUGGACUACGGAGUGGUAUAACUUGGGGUUCAUGGGUAGAUUUCAAGGGGUCCAUGAACUUACUAUUUUUGUGGAAUAUUUUAUUUUUGCCAAUUACUCAUAAAGACAAUUUUAAAAAUUUGUUUUCUAAAAUUUUGAGUUCCAAAUUCUUUCCCUCCCCUCCUCCUUCCCUGAGACAGUAAGCAAUUUGAUAUAGAUUAUAUAUUUAAUUUGGGUUAUUUGACAGAAGUAUAUACAUUUGACAUAGGAUAAUAUUGUGCAAAAUAUUUUUAUAUUGGUCCUGUGGAAGAAGACACAUAUGCCCCACAAAAAACCCACCAAGAAAAAAUAUGAAAAAGAGUAUCCUUUGAGCUAUUUAUACUCUAUUAGUUUUCUUUCUGGAAGUGGAUAGUAUUUUUCAUCACGAGUCCUUUGGAAUUGCCACGAAUGUAUUUUUAAAAAUAUUUUAAUAACUUUUUCAAAUAUAGCUAGUUUCUUUGUAAUCUUAUGUAUUUUAUUUUAUGCAUUUCAAAACAUUAUUCUGAGAAGUUAUUCAUAAAUUUCAACAGACUUCUAGAGGGGUCCAUAACACAAAAAAAGGUUAGGACCCCCUACCCUCAAUGGUUGUUAGCAUUUUAAAAUAAUAAUCAUAAUAAUUAGUCAUAAUAAAUUUAGAUAAAAUAAUAACACAUUUGCAUAGCUCUUUAAGUUUUUAAAACACUUUGCUCACAAAUGAAUAACAAACUGCAAAAGUUUACCAUUUAAACCAAAGCACAAGGAUUUCUUUUCUUACCAGAAAUUCCCCUCCUGAAUACACUGGAGCAUUGAUGUUUUGAUUUUGUUGAAAAGUUAUGUGCAACUUAAUAAAGUAAAGAAAAUGUCAAAGUUACAAAAUUAAUAUUGCAUUACUGGUCAUUUAUAAAUAUUUCACUUAAAGUACUCAUAUGAAAUCCGUGUGUUGUGUAUGUAGUACAUUCAGUAAGGAAAUAUAAAAAAUGAAUAAAUACUUUAAAAAUUUAAUACUGCUCGUAGUACGUAAGGGAUAUUGAUUUUUCUAGCUGUCUAUAUUAAGUAAAGCACAUUACAGAGUUAUUUUGAAGAAACAAUCGCCUAGAUAUGUCAGUGAUGUAAUUCUACUAUCCACUGUUUACUUUAAUCAUUUAAUAAUGGGGCCAGAGAGAUGGAGUUGGCUCCCAUAAUAUUGUACAAAAGAAUCACUCUAAUACAAUUCACUUAGUCUGAUACAAAUUCUAUUAUCCUACAUGUUGACAGGAAGACCUGGGUUCAAGUGCCACCUCUGACACAUACUGGACAACUCACUUAAUUUCUUUGUAAUUCUCCAGGUAGUUCUCUAAGACUAAUAUUUGAAGGAAAGGCACCUUACAAAUUAAUAACAAGCUGCAAAAAGUUUACCAUUUAAACCAAAGCACAAGGAUUUCUUUUCUUAUCAUAAAUUCCCCCUCCUGAAUACACUGGAGCGUUGAUGUUUUGAUUUUAUUUAAAAGUGAUGUGCAACUUAAUAAAGAAGAGAAGGACCACAGAUGUUUUCUUCUACCUGUAUCGAUUGGAGUCUCUUCACCAGAGGAGUUUCCUAAACCAGUGAAAUCAGAAAUCCUGUCCCUAUCCCUACAUGUUCUUCAAUGGAGUCUCUUAUUUUCCUUUAAACUGGAAGUGGUUCAAGGGAGAAAAAAAAAACCACUCUGGUUAAAAAUGAAAGGAAUAAGGGCCAUGCUAGGUAGCACUCCUGACCUGGAGUCAGGAUUAGGGUCAAAUCUGGCCUAAGAAAUCUCCUAGCUAUAUGUCCCCAGGCAAGUCACUUAACCAAGUUGGUUAGCCCUUGUCCUUCUGUCUUAGAGUUGUUACUAAGAAAGUAUAAGUUGUUUGUUUGUUUUUUAAUUAAAAGGAUAAUGAUUUUUAAACAGCUUUCCUCUUUCUGUGACAUUGUAGGGAAAUAUAAGAUCAUAAUAUCAUUAAUUUA